CCGAAUCUUUCUUGUACUUCCAAGAUCAGAUAUAUCAAAUUGCCCCAGAGGAUAUCCUCGUUUGACAUCAAUCUCCUGAGUCUCAUGCACUAUGUCUACAUCGUCAACUGACGCCAUAGCUGUUGAAGCCCACACCUCUCCUCUUAAAAAGACAGUCCCAAAAUACCAAGAAGAGCUGAUCGUCAGAGAAGCUCGCCGUCUCUGGGAUGGACCCGAAAUUGGAAGAAUCGCAGCAACAACUUACAUGCAUACUCGACUUUCACAUUUCGUCGCUCCAAAACGCUACCAAUACCCUCAAGACUGGGAACGUGGUUUCGUUCAACGGGCUCAAAAACGCUUGCUUGACCCGCGAAGCCUGACUUUUGUGCUUUGCACGAAGAGUAAUCCAGAUUUGCCUGUCGGGUAUGCCACAUUUGUUAGAUUGGGCAAUGACAAGGGCGCGAGGAAGCAGAUUGAGAGUCAUUCUCGUUUAGAGAGGAUCGGGAUGUGGAUUUGGAGUCUACUAUACGGGGUGGUGUGGUUUUGGAUUGUUAAUUUCCUUGCGGGAGGAGAUAAGUCUGAGGAUAAGAAAGGUGCGGUGAUGUUUGUUGAGUGGGGGAAAGCUGAUAGGAAGAUUCAUUGGGAUGGAAAGCCGGAGAGGGAGAAUAGGUGGCAUGCUCUGAGCGUGGUUGUUAGAGAGGAAUAUCAGGGGAGGAAAGGGGGGAAGAGGUUAAUGACGGAAAUUAUUGGGAAGGCGGAGGCGGAGAAUGUGGUUGUGGGGUUGGAAUCAAGCCCGGCUGGAGAAAUGAUGUAUCGGAGUGUGGGUUUUGAGUUGCUGGGAAGGUUUUCAAGCGACUUUGAGCGUGAUCAAGGUGGUGUUAUGAUGUAUACACCAAAGGCGAGAAGGUAAGAAGACAAGAAUUAUAAUCCGAGAAUGCGAGAGAUAAGUUGUGUUCGAGGCGUUGCAGG